AUGGCGAUCCUAGCCGCGCAGGACAGGGAGUUCUCAGAUGCCGUGGAAUCAGGGACAAGUAAUCAAGAAAAGGAGGUGGAAGUUCUGCAAGCCGAGCUCAAAGUGUUGCCAUUGAGGGCUUCUGACAGUGAAUUGACCAUUUUAACCCUGCGUUCUCAGCUCGCACAGAAAACCGAACAGCUCAGCUUCCUGACGGAUGAAAAGGUUGUGAGUGAAGAAGCGCUUGAAGCCAGCCAGCGUGAAUGCUCGCAGCUAACCUCUCUUAUCAAGGAACUAGAUGCUAACAUUGGAGACCUAACAUCUGCUCUUGCAACAAGGACAGAAGAACGUGAUUCUGCCAUAUCUUGUGAAAAUAAGGAAUUAGAGAUACGGGUGGCUUCUGAAGUGAAACUUCAAGAGAAAUGCAAAAAUUUGGAGUGUCAACUUCAAGCCCUUCAGACAGAACAUACCAAGUUGCGAAAUUAUGCUGAGGAUUGUAAAAAUGAGGAGUGUCGGAAGAAAUUAAUUUUAGCGGCAUCCGCCUCUGAGAUUCAAGAAUACCAGUAA